AAUUAUUUUACUUUCUCUAUGACAUAACCCCUUUUGAUUUGUGUUGUGUCAACAGCACAGACUACAUACUAUUCAACAGUUUUAUUUAUAUGGAUUUUGAUAGUUUUUUACGGGUUUUGUUCUUCUAGUUUUUAAGCUACGAGUCUUCGGUAAUUCCAACACUUAGUGUAGAAAUUUAGGGUGAUUUUGAAUAACUUCAAACUCCGAUAUGGCUUUAUCCGCACUCAAUUCCGCAGCCCUAAGAGACUGCUUUAUGAACAUAAUACGUGGGAAUAAGAUUAGUUUGGACUUAAAGGAACUUGAGCAAAUGAUAAGCCAGGACUUCCAGAUUAAUUCUGUUAAUUCCGAGCUGGCGAGUGCUUUGCCAUACUUUUUAGUGUUCAAGAUGGAAAACUGGCCUGGUUGGGACAAAUACCCCCAAUAUAUGAACAAUAAGCUCAUAUUGAAUGACUGGUUUGAGGAGUUUGUUAAAUUUCUUCAUAGCAAGUUGGAUGAAGCCGUUCACAUACAUUACAAAAGCAUUGUAAGCAAUAAAGAAAGUUGCGAACAUGCAAGCGCCCAAACGGAAAUGGGUUGCAAAAGCUUUGCCCCUUAUUCGAUUAAUGUUAGAGGAAACCCAUCACUGUUAAACACCUUGAUUUUCGAAAAUGUAAAUGAUAAAGAUGUUAAAUUGAUAACGCACGAUGCAAUGGAUUCCGAGGCGUUUCUGCAGAUGUCUCUCAGUACGUUAUUAAAUUGGCCUUUUGCAGGAGUCCAUCUUUUUUGCCCAGUAUUCUGCAUAUCUAGGAAAAAUGUACAUUUUUAUGACAGACAUCUCAGCUUAGGAAAUGAUAAAAUGCUCACUCCAGUUCAAGCUGUAUUUAUAGAACGUGCCGAAAGGAACAAACUUUAUGUUACCAUUGAUACAGUUAUGGAGCUCUACUCCACCCUGAAUGUACUCAUCAUGAAAGCAUUCCCCCCAUCGACUAACUCCAAUUUUAAAAUUUUUGCAGUUUUGUUAGAAGAACUAAUGGCGGAUAUCAAAGACAUCCAGAUGUUAGAACAAGGCAAACCGUCAAUAGGCUCAUUUGUUCGGUUCAACAUAGGCAAGCAUGUUUACGUGAGAUCGAAUUCGAAUAGUGGAUGUACACAACCUGUGGCCUGCUAUACUGAAGUAACUACACCCAUGGUCGAAAUAGCUAUUAGACGAAUGGGCACUGCGAAAGAGAUAAACUCCUAUAUCGGUUCUUUGAAUGGCGCAGACAUUUCGCUUACUAACGUACCAAGCGUUUACUUCAGCUGUAACUUCUGUAGUGUAACGUUCCAUUGUUCCCAAUUGCUCCUCAACCACUUUAUCCAUAUACACAAAAUGACGCCUCCGAUGAAAUGUUCAGCAUGUGGAGUUACGUAUAACGCAGUCGAAUUAGCUGAAAAUAGAUGGGGACAUCCAUGUGCAAGUAAAAGUAAUAAUGGAUCAUGUGUUCAAUCAUGAAGGGAUUACAUCAACAAAGUAAAAAAUUGCACCGAAGAACACCAACUGUCUAAUAGAAAAAAAAAUCAAAAAAGCAUAUAUCUAUUUUUGGAUUGGUAUAACCGAGUUUCAUCUACUAGUAGCAGCUCGAACUUAUUAACCCAAACUCAGAAUUUAAAAUUUUUACUAUUCCUGCUGUUUUGUUUGAAAAUGUGAUGCAAACUGAGUGAGUUCACAUGUUUUAUAUUUUCUGGUUUGGGUCUAGUCUAGUUUUUUUGGGUCUGUUACUACCCAACUUUUUUGUUCUUUAUAAAUAAAAAUGCACAUUUGUAUUCUACCACCAAUCUACUAGAAAGCUGUUGAGUUGAAAAUAGCUGCAAUACAUUCCAUUAAACGUUGAACGUUGUGAUCAUUUCACCCUUAUAUUAUUCUACUGACACAAUAGAUUUAAUGGUGUAUAUCUGAGUUUCCUGUGCUAUCUGAGCAAUAUGUAUUACACUUUUUACUACAUUUUUCAUUGAUAUUGAGAACUUGUAUCAAUAUGUAUAGAGCAGAAAAUAUUAAACAAUUGCUUCUCGAUCUGAUUUGAAGUUUUGAGCAACUAUUGUACUUAUUUGUUUUCUUUCGAUUUAAUGGAUUAUUUCUAGCUUCUUUAGGAAUAUCGUUUAUACGAUUCACUUUUAAUUUUGUUGAACAUUGUUUUCAAUUUAUUAUUGACUAAUGACAAUGAUUUUUAAUUUUAUAUACGUGGACAUACUGAAUAUAAUAAGCACUAUUGUAUUUGAAUACUAACUAGAACUGGUGUAUUUGAAUAAAGGGUUAAUUUGUAA